UUUUCCACUCUUUCAAAAAUCUUGCAGCUUUAAUCGUCUCGUCUCAUUCUCCUUCUUCGCUUAAACCAGAAGCACGGAAAGAGACACAAAGGGUAACUUCUCAAUCAAUGUCAGCUUCAGUGGCUGCUACAGCAACAACAUCAACAACAGCUACAACGUUUAUAAAGUGCGUCACUGUUGGCGAUGGAGCUGUGGGCAAAACUUGUCUUCUUAUCUCCUACACCAGCAACACUUUCCCCACUGAUUAUGUUCCAACAGUGUUCGACAAUUUCAGUGCAAAUGUUUUAGUCGAUGGCAAAACUGUCAAUCUUGGUCUCUGGGAUACUGCUGGUCAAGAAGAUUACAAUAGGCUUAGACCAUUAAGUUACAGAGGAGCAGAUGUUUUCAUUCUUGCCUUCUCACUUAUUAGCAGGCCUAGCUUUGAGAACAUUGCUAAAAAGUGGGUUCCAGAGCUGAAACACUAUGCCCCGACCGUGCCUAUAGUUCUCGUUGGAACCAAAUUAGAUCUAAGAGACGACAAGCAGUUCCCAAUGAAUUAUCCAGGUGCUUGCACAAUCUCCACAGAACAAGGUCAAGAGCUAAGAAGGGAGAUAGGAGCAUUAGCAUAUAUUGAGUGCAGCUCAAAAACGCAACUGAAUGUAAAAGCCGUGUUUGAUGCAGCGAUCAAAGUAGUUUUACAGCCUCCUUCAAAGGCUAAGAAGCAAAAGAGAAAGAUUGGUUUGUGCUAUGUUCUCUGACUGGUUUACUCAAAUCUCUAGCUGUGGUAUCUUUUAAAUACUAUUUUUAGUGUGUUUCUUCAGUGAACAACUCUUGCAGCUCAAAAUCUGCAGAUUAGUAUGUUUCAUUAUAGGAGUUUGAUCUUGUAGCAGAGAGAGAGUGUUAACAGAGUUUGAUCUUUUAAGCUAAGUCUCAACAAUGUAAAAUAAACAAUUUGGUCAUCUUUGAGUUUACCGUGUUCUAGACAACAUAUA